CUAAUGAAAACAACAAAACGAGUGCAAGAGUGAGCCAAAUACCUCACUCGGCCGAAGGUGCAUUCGCUUUGAGGGGGAGAAUCUGACGAAGAGAUAUGAAAAAGCUUAGGUGGGCUAUGGACUCUGGAGGAUUCUGGGAAUUGGACUUGUCGACUCCAAUUACUCUCAAUGGCCAGGCACGGCCAGUUCCGGGCGACCCAUUGCCCUUGGGGUUAUCUCGUGGUUCCAGGCUGUCAAGGUACCAACAAAUCCAUUUCUUUCAGCGCUUUAUGGCCAUGCCUUUCGUCCCUUCUUUCGCCGCCAGCAGGGGCUUCUUGAUUCAACGGGUUCUUUCUCUCCCUAUAGGUGAAACCUGGUCUGCUAUGUUACUUGGUCAGUUAAAUGUCCAGAAAUUUGUUUCUUCUCUAAGAAAAAAUAAAACUAAGCAUCUGCCAGACUCCUCAUGGCUUCAGUCCAUUAGAAGGAACUUUAUCCAAAAAUCUUUUUAUGCCCUUGGGUUCUGUUCAGAGCUGUUUCUAACACCUGAUGAUGCAUUGAUCAUAAGUUUGGAUGCUUAUGGUGAUGACAAGAUGCCCCAGAAAAAAGCAGUUCUUCAUCAUAAGUUUCCUCAUCAUAAUCUUGUAAUGGAGGCAGCUUGGCCAGGACUUUUUGUUGAUGGUAACGGGAGAUACUGGGAUGUACCACUCUCACUCGCACUUGAUCUUGCAUCAACUACUCUCGACUCUGGUGCAAGCUAUCAUUUGUUUUUCAAUAGUUGUGCAGGUUCACCCAGGCAGUAUGAAGGUCAGCUUGGUGAUGAAUUACCGCCUGCUGCUUUGCUUCCAGGUUUCACUGCCAAAGGUGUAGUUUCCUUGAAGAAAAAUAUCGACCUUUGGCAAAGUGAAGCAUCUAUGCUAAAAAUGGUGCAACCAUAUGAUAUGUUCCUGUCUAAUCCUCAUAUUUCAGCAUCAUGGAUCCUUGGUGCUAUUUUUUCUGCAUAUCUCGGAGACAAUUCAAUGAGAAGGCUACAAUCAUGCAGUUUACGACGUCUGAAAGAUUUUGGCCUUCAAGCCCAAGGAGAAAAUGCUGCUGUUUCAGUGGAUUCAUUUGCAUCUGCUUCACUCACUGCACAGCACGGAAAUUUCCAAAGGCGGUUCCUGGAUCUCACUCGUGUCCAUACAAGCUUCGACUUUCCUUCUGGGUCAAAACUUCUUUCUGGAAUAACCUCUGUGGCAUGCAGUCUUUAUAAUUCUCAAGUACCAAAUAUUGACGCACUACAGGCAAUUUGUCCGCGUGCUUCGCUUUGUUUUCAGCAGCAGUUUUCAUCAUGUCAAACUUGUCGAAGCUUGAGUUUGUGGCACUUGACAUCUCCGGGAAAAAUUACUUGUCAUGGGUUCUCGAUGUUGAGAUUCACCUAGCUGCUAAGGGUCUUAGUGCUACUAUUACCCCCGGAUAAUACAACAUUGAGUCAGGAUAGGGCCAAUACUAUGAUUUUUCUUCGUCAUCAUUUGAAUGAAGGACUGAAGCUUGAAUACCUUACUAUGAAAGAUUCACUUGAAUUGUGGACUGAUUUGAAAGGAAGGUAUGACCACCUAAAGGCCACGGUACUGCCUAGAGCUCGUUAUGAGUGGAUGUACUCACAGUUUCAAGACUUGAAAACCGUUGUUGAAUAUAAUUUUGUUGUAUUCAAGAUUGUUUCCCAAUUGAAAUUAUGUGGGAAACUAUAAAUGAUGAGGACAUGAUGAAAAAACACUAACUAAUUUUCAUGCCUCAAAUGUGAUAUUGCAGCAGCAAUAUUGUGAAAAGGGCUUUUAGAAGUAUUCUGAAUUGAUCUCAUGACUUCUAGUAGUUGAGCAACAUAAUGCCUUUUUGAUGAAAAAUCAUGAAGCCUGUCUCACUGGAACUGCUUUACUACCGGAAGCAAAUGUGGUAUAAGUGCAUGGCCAGCUUGAAAGACGGCAAGAUCGGGGUCAUAAUAAUAUGCGUGGACAUGGCAAUGGCAGGGGGCGAUAUAAUAAUCGUCAUGGUGGUGGUAAUAAAAAAAGGGAGAACCAAAUGGGUCCCCAAAACAAUCCUUCAAGAGGUAAUUGUCAUCAUUGUGGCAUGAAAGGCUACUGAAAUAAUGAAUGUCGGGCACCUAAGCAUUUUGCUAGGCUUUAUCAAGAAUCUUGCAAAAGAAAGAGAAAUGAAGGUGGGACCUCAUCUAAUGCCCGAAUGGAGUCAAAUUUAACUUUCAAAAAUGAUGAUGAGACAGGAUCUUCACACAAAUAUGAUGACAAUGUUGAAGCAAACUUGAUCUUGAAAGAUGAUGGUUUUGAUGGCCUUGAUAAUAUAACUUAUUUGGAAGCUGAAGACUUCUUUGGAGAUCAAAACUAAAUCUUGAUCAAGUUAUUGGGGAAAUAAAUAAUAUGCUUUCAUUAUGUUGUUUUUGGCGUGUUUUUCAUUAUGUUGUUUUUACUUUUCAAAAGAAAAUAAUAAGUAUUUAAGAUUAUGAAAGUUCACUUU